CUCCUCUACAUCGUGCGGGUUUCUCUCUAGCCUUGUCCCCUCGCGACCUUGCAGCCCUUGUCGUGAUCCCCCUCUAUAAAACUCGAGCUCGAGCUUAGCCUCUGCCCCGUGCGGCUGCUGCGGGCUAGCAAGUUGGGCGGUGGUUGUCUUAGGAGCUGUAGCUGAGCUUGUAGAAGGAGGAGCGCGCGCGCGAUCAGGCGUUGACGGCGGCGGCCAUGGCGUCCUCGGGCAGCGGCGGCGGCGCGCCGGGGUCGCCGUGCGGGGCGUGCAAGUUCCUGCGGCGCAAGUGCCCGGCGGAGUGCGUGUUCGCGCCCCACUUCUGCGCCGAGGACGGGGCGGCGCAGUUCGCGGCCAUCCACAAGGUGUUCGGCGCCAGCAACGCGGCGAAGCUGCUGCAGCAGGUCGCCCCCGCCGACCGGAGCGAGGCGGCGGCCACCGUCACCUACGAGGCCCAGGCCAGGCUGCGCGACCCCAUCUACGGCUGCGUCGCCCACAUCUUCGCGCUGCAGCAGCAGGUGGCGAGCUUGCAGAUGCAGGUGCUGCAGGCGAAGGCGCAGGUGGCGCAGACGAUGGCGGCGGCCGGCGGGGCGCAGGCGGCGGGGAGCCCUCUCCUGCAGAGGUGGCCGCUGGAGCCCGAGUCGCUGUCGACGCAGAGCUCCGGCUGCUACAGCGCGCCGAGCUGCGACGGGUCGGCGGCGCUCCAGGAGAUGUACUGCGGCGGCUUCGGCGAGCAGGAGGAAGGCAGCUACACGAGAUGAUCGAGUCGCUCGCGCCAACCAUCACACAGCGUAGAGACCGCGGGGAAAACUUGUUGGAUUUUGUUUGCAGCGGGCGUUGUUUUGUUUAGUUCGGGGAGCUUGAUUUGGUGCGAGGCUCUACUACUGUACUGCUUGCCGGCUUCAUAUCUGUGUAAAGGGUGAAAGCUCGAUCGUGAUCCUGUGUGGUUAAGGAAGAAAACAUCAGCUCAUCAUCAGAAUGAAAUCACGUAUAAUCAAUUUCAUAUAUAGUAUA